AUGUGUCGGGUGAGAGGCAUUCAAGAAGCUGUGGACAGGUUAAAAAGAAAGAGCAGGAGUUUCUAUUUGGCCAGCUCGGUCUUUCACGGUCGUCUUCGAAUUGACUUGAUUUUAUUAGUCGCCGAUGACCUUGUUGAUGAUGCGAAUACUGACUCUGAGGCUCGGGAAUGGAUUACUAAACUCACACACUACCUUGACCUGGUGUACGGAUCAAAGGAAACUACCAACAUGACUGACUCGUUGCGACCCGGCCUUGAUACGUACAUUCAGGAUAGCUUCCCUCCAUCUUCAUAUUGGGCACUUCGGUUUCUACCAACUCACAUUCUAUCAUCUGCGCCUUUGUACGAGUUACUAGCAGGAUUCAAGACGGAUUUAGAAUUUCAUCAAGCGGAUUCUUCCAGCGAGACGAGAGAAUUUCCCAUUCGAAAUGAAGACGAUCUCAUUGCAUACAGUACGAGAGUUGCUGGGACAGUGGCUGAAAUGUGCUUGGAAUUAAUUUUUCACCAUACUUCAACUGUUAUUUUAUCUCAUCGACGUAACGAUCUUAUCCAUGCUGGCGCCCGCAUGGGAAUAGCUCUACAGUGUAUCAACAUUUGUAGAGAUGUGACCGUGGAUGCUGGGAUUGGAAGAGUAUAUCUCCCCACUUCAUGGCUCGAGAAAGAAAGCUUGAAACCUCAACAGGUUGUGGACAAUCCUACUGGACCAGUUAUCGACAAACUACGAGAAAGGUUACUAGAAAAGGCUUUUGGCAUCUAUCGGGAAGCUCGCCCUGCCAUUGAAAAGAUUCCGGGACAUGCCAAGGUGUCGAUGAGAGUUGUUGUUGAGAGCUAUGUCGAGAUAGGGAGAGUGAUGAGAGAACGGGAACGUAAAGUUACCAAAGGUCGGGCUACAGUACCGAAACUGAGGCGCAUCGGAGUUGUUUGGAAAGCUUUGAAUCAGCGUUGA